AUGGCCAAAGUAGAUGAGAAGUUCAUAAGGGAAACCAUGGAAAUGACCUUUUCCCUGAGGAGAAGGGAGGUGGUUGAUAAUAAGCCAAUGGUGAUUGAAGUGCAGGAGAGAUGGCCUGCUUUAUUUUUCAAAGAGCAGAUUGAUGCAGAGUUCCAUUGCAUCACAAACAAGAUGUUAUUGACGACAUUCAGAACUGCAGUGGACAACUACGCUCCCAAACUACUUCGUCUGUACCGUAACCAAAAAGCAGCCUUUGGGAAGGCAAUGGAGGAGGUCAUGGCAAAGCUUGAUGAUGAGACCUCUGACAUCCUCAGGCACCGCAAAGAUGCUGCUCUUCGAGGACUUCCAGUAUUUCUCCGUGAGGAACCUAAGGAACUCUUCAAACAAUGCCUUGAGACUGAUGCAGAUGAUGUGGCUCUCCGGGGCGUGGCUGUGGGCAUUCUUUAUGUUCAUGAAGACUGUGGUCCGGGAAGAUCUACACGAGUGCAAAACAUUGCAGUCAUCCUUGAAGAGCGAAUUGUUUUGCAAGAUAUCCCAGACACUCCAACUGCUCUUGCAUACCUUUUUGGCCUGCUUUACGCCCUCAAUAUUUCUUACCCGAAGGCUCUGAACAAUGCCAUCAUUCCAAAGUGCUUCAAGACCAAUACCAUCGUCCCCAUGCCGGAGAAGUCUUCAGCGUCCUGCCUCAAUGACUACUAUCCCAUUGCACUCAUACCCAUCAUUAUGAAGUGCUUCGAGAGGCUCAUCAUGAGGCACAUAAAGACCCUGCUGCCUCCUUCCUAG